CGCGGUUUCUGGAGCGGAUUGGAACCCGGAGUCAGGAUUCACUAAAUGUGUAGACGUUUGGAAAACAGGGUGUCAGAAUGGCAGAGCAGACACCAGAUGAGUUUAUUUGGUGUGAGGACUGCGGGCAGUACCAUGACUCUGAGUGUCCUGAGCUGGGGCCUGUCGUCACGGUGAAGGACUCAUUUGUUUUGAGUCGGGCACGGUCAUCUUUACCAGACAGCUUGGAGAUCAGGUUGGCUGAGGAGGGGCAAGAAGGUGUAUUUGUGCUUCGACGGCUGGUUAAGAGGACUCGAUUUGGCCCGUUUGAGGCCAAGAGGGUUCCGAGCCUUCAAACUGAGGGGGCAUUUCCUUUAAAGAUAUUUCAAAAGGACAGCUCGGUGGUGUGUUUUGACUCGUCCAAUGAAGACGACUGUAACUGGAUGAUGUUGGUUCGGCCCGCCACAGACCACAAACACCAGAAUCUGACGGCCUACCAGCAAGAUGAUGACAUAUACUUUAAUACAUCACAGGAUGUCCUGCCUGGAACAGAGCUUAGAGUCUGGUAUGGAGCUUUUUAUGCCAAAAAAAUGGAUCGGCCUGUUCUUAGGCCACCUGUACUUCCACCUCCACCAGAAAUGGUGACCAACAAACCUGGAGUCCCUCUGUUGGCAAAGGGACCACCAACAGAGACUCUUCCUGUCCCGGACCAGCUGCUGUGCCAAACCUCUGCACCUGCUGCAGACCCACCUGUCCAGCAGGUUGCAGAGGUUUUAUCCCAAAACAACACAGCCAACAUCGCCCCCACACAACAAGAGCCAACCAGAAAACAAGGCAGGCCUCGUCGAACAAAAGGACAGAAACCUGCGCCGAGUGGAACAGGUGAUUCUAGUCAAGUAGAAGCCCCUGUUCCUGUGUCCAGUGAGCAGCCUCUCAUUACUGUAGCUCCUGAUGUUCCCCUUUCUGUACUGAAUGUCCAAGAGGUGGUUGCCGGAGACGGCCCGCCACACAAAACAGCUCGGAUGACACGCUCUCCCAUCUCUGCUGGGAAACCUGGUAUGAGGAAGCGAUCUCUGCGGCAGGGAGGCGAUCAUAAAAGAGUUUACCAGUGCUGCCUCUGCAGUAAGGUGUUUCAGAACAGCAGCAACCUCAACCGACACAUCCGUUCUCACGGGGAUAAAUGUUUUAAGUGUGACGAGUGUGACAAGAUGUUUAGUCGAAAAGAAAGUCUUAAACAGCAUAUAUCGUACAAACACAGCAAGAAUGAGCCUGAUAUAGAGUAUAGAUACAAAUGUUCGACCUGUGAGAAAUCCUUCCGAGUGGAAAAUGCCUUAAGAUUUCAUAACUGCAGGACAGAUGACAAAACGUUCCAGUGUGAGAUUUGCUCAAGGUUUUUCUCCACUAACAGUAAUUUGUCCAAGCACAAAAAGAAACAUGGAGAGAAACUUUACGCGUGUGAAAUCUGCAAUAAGAUGUUCUACCGCAAAGAUGUCAUGCAGGAUCACCAGAGGCGGCAUGUUGUUGGCCCGAAGCACAUGAAACGAGAGGAGCUUGAAGCAAAUGGAGAGGAGGGAAGCAAAUACAGGAAGGAGCCUUCGGCAUGCCCCAUUUGUGGAAAGGUGUUUUCCUGUCGGAGUAACAUGAACAAACACUUACUAACCCACGGGGACAAGAAAUACACCUGCGAGAUCUGCGGCCGCAAGUUCUUCCGUGUGGAUGUGCUGAGAGACCACAUUCAUGUACACUUUAAGGACAUCGCCUUAAUGGACGAGCAGGAGAGAGAGGACUUUAUUAAGAAGAUUGGCAUCUCUAUGGAGGAGAGUGAUGACAGCUCUGAUGAGGAAGAUGAGAAGAAUGAUCCUGAACAUCACAAAUACAGCUGCAAGAAAUGUCAGGUGACAUUCGCCAAGGGUCGUGACUACUUGAAACACAUAAUGGACAUGCAUAAGGAAAAAGGUUACAACUGCACCAUGUGUAACCGCCGUUUUGCUCUGAAGGCCACUUACAACGCUCACUUGGUCAUCCACCGAGACCACCUACCCGAUCCUUCAGUGCAGAAAUAUAUUCAUCCGUGUGACAUGUGCGGACGGAUCUUCAACAGCAUUGGCAACCUGGAAAGGCACAAAAUCAUCCACACAGACCCUAUGGCUGCUGCAGGAGUGAAGAGCCAUUGUUGUGAACAGUGUGGAAAGUCUUUCGCCAGGAAAGACAUGUUAAAAGAACAUCUGAGAGUCCAUGACAAUGUCAGAGACUUCCUGUGUGCAGAGUGUGGGAAAGGCAUGAAGACGAAACACGCUCUACGGCAUCAUAUGAAGCUGCACAAGGGAAUUAAAGAAUACGAAUGUAAAGAGUGUAACCGCAAAUUUGCCCAGAAAGUCAACAUGCUGAAGCAUUACAAAAGACACACAGGCACAAAGGACUUCAUGUGUGAACUGUGCGGGAAGACGUUUAGUGAGAGAAACACAAUGGAGACGCACAAGCUUAUACAUACAGUUGGAAAGACGUUUUCUUGCUCCGUCUGUGAUAAGAAGUAUGUGACGCAGUAUAUGCUGCAGAAACACAUGCAGUUGACCCACGAGAAGGUGGAGGCUCAGAGCUGCCACCUGUGUGGCACCAAAGUCUCCACGCGCGCCUCGAUGAACCGCCACAUGCGCCGCAAACACCCCGAGCAGAUUGUAACAGUACGAUUGGGCGACUUUGAUCUUCAGGAGCCAUCAACAGUCGACGCCUCCACAAUCAGUAUUUCACAGCCCUCUCUGACUCUGGAGAAAGGCUCUCUCACUGGAGAAAAAGUUUCCAGGAACUCCAAUCCCACCAAGAAGAGGGCAAAACACCUGCCUCAUGAGCCUGAGCUGUCUGAUUCAGACGAGUACGCUGACUUCACCAGCAAAACCACUGAGUUCUCCACCACUGUGGGAGAUGAAACCAACUCUGCUGUGCAGAGCAUUCAACAGGUGGUAGUGCUGGCUGACCCCAGCGCCCCUCCAGCCCCCUCCAGCUCGGUCAGUUUGACCAACAUCACCGUGACCCCCAUCACCACACCCGCUCCCGCCCAGUUCAGCAACCUGCAGCCUGUCGCUGUCGGCCACCUCGCUCCAAGCGAUCGCCCCCUCACCCUGGACAGCUCCAUCCUCACUGUGACAUUUGAUGCCGUCAGCGGAUCAGCAAUGCUUCACAACCGGCCGACGGAUCUCCAGUCAGAGGCGGUGGGAUCCACAGGGGCCGCGGCUCCACCAGUUGCGCAUUUCAUCAACCUCACUACCUUUGUCAACCCCAUCUCACACCAACUGGAGCAGCCCGCUCUAACCUGGAGGCCCGUCGCACCGACCGACGGAACUCAUGCGACCACUAUAGACGAAACCCAGACAGACUCUCAGGCCUCUCAGCCAAAUCCAGAACAGCCACAACCACUGCCAGAACAAAGGCAUCAGAUUCAGCCGCAAGUCACAGGACCUCCCCAACAACAGACCCCCACAGCACCACAGAUGUUCAGCUACUGAGAAAUGAAGCAUGUGAAAUAAUUUAUAGCUAAGGUCCCAUUUUAGAAGAUGGUUAAGAAUUUGGACCAAUAUGAUGGAAGGUUUUGUUAUAAGGACUUUAAGGGCAGUGCAAGUCUUUUGUUUGAGUUUAUUAAAAACCAGUGGACAAUUUCAACAAAUUAUUACAAUCCUGGAGGAGAUUAUCUUCUUUUUUAUUUUUAUUUUUGUUUUAUUUUUUUUAAAUGAAUGCAUGAAAUAUCUGAUUAUGAUUUAAGGGGACCUUAGUUUUUCAAAAUAAUAAUUAUAUUUGUUGUAUGAUGUCAUGCCGUAGCACCUGUGGAUUGAUGAUGUCAAAAAGAAUGAACUGAUGUAAAUGUAAUACAUGGAUAGAUUGUAUUGUAAGUGCUAACUGGAAAUAUUUUAUAUUUUUGUUUUCUUUUUUUAAGAAAAUGGGUUGUCCUUCUAAUAAAUGCAUGUAUGGACUUGC